AUGUGGGAGUUCCGGUCCAUGAAUUUUUGGCGGGCAGUCUUCGCAGAGUUCUUCGGGACCAUGUUCUUUGUAUUUUUCGGCAUGGGUGCCGCCCUGCGCUGGACCACCGGGCCUCAUCAUGUCCUCCAUGUGGCCCUGUGCUUCGGGCUGGCAGCUGCCACUCUAAUCCAGUCCAUCGGCCACAUCAGCGGCGGCCACAUCAACCCUGCCGUCACGUUCGCCUACCUUGUUGGCUCACAGAUGUCUCUUUUCCGUGCCAUUUUCUACAUGGCUGCCCAGUGCCUGGGUGCUGUAGCCGGGGCUGCUGUGCUGUACGGGGUCACACCCGGCAACAUGAGGGGCAACAUGGCUAUGAACACGCUGCAGCCGGGCAUCAGUCUGGGAAUGGCCACCACAGUGGAGGUUUUCCUCACCAUGCAGCUUGUGGUGUGCAUCUUUGCCGUGACUGAUGAGAGGAGGAAUGGACGCCUGGGAUCUGCCGCCCUAUCCAUCGGCUUCUCCGUCACCAUUGGACACCUCAUGGGGAUGUACUACACCGGUGCUGGAAUGAAUCCUGCCAGGUCCUUCGCCCCUGCCGUGCUCUUCAGAAACUUCAUCAACCACUGGGUGUACUGGGUUGGCCCCAUGAUAGGAGGUGCAAUGGGCGCCCUCCUGUACGAUUUCAUGCUGUUUCCACGCAUGAGAGGUCUGUCCGAGCGCCUGGCCACACUGAAGGGCAGCCGGCCCCCCGAGAGCGAGACCCAGCAGGACACCCGCGGGGAGCCCAUCGAGCUCAAGACGCAAGCCCUAUAA